AUGGUUACUCAAAGUUGGCUAGAUGUUUUCAAUGAGGUAUCUCUUACUAACCUUUGUUUUUCAUCAUCUGACCACUCCCCCUUAUUUUUACUCCCUGAAAUUACUGCUGGUAUUAUGACUACUGCUCUCUUUCGUUAUGAAAAUGCUUGGCAAAGAGAGCCCUUGUGCCACCAAAUCGUGUCGAAUGUCUGGUAUUCUAACCCGACUGAAGGUAUUAUGGGGAAAAUUGCGAUGUGUGCUAAGCAUCUUGCUGAUUGGGGUCGAACUACUACUGGGAACUUUAAAUCCCGAUUGAAGAAAAGCAAGAAGCUUCUUGCUCAGUACAAAAAUUCAGCCAAUGAGUUUGAUGCUGAAAACUUCAUGGUGGAGAAGAACAACUAUUUCGAGAUUUUAGCGCAACAAGAACUCUAUUGGAAAUAA